UUUGCAAAGGGAGGGAUAGUCACAACCAUUUCCAUUUCCGGUCUUUUCCGGUUUCCUGAGCAAGCAACAUGGCUUCGUUUGAGCAGAUGAGAGCGAAUGUGGGGAAACUGCUGAGGGGGAUAGACCGAUAUAACCCAGAGAACCUGGCUACACUGGAGCGUUAUGUGGACACACAGGCAAAAGAGAAUACAUAUGACCUGGAGGCCAAUCUAGCUGUGCUGAAACUUUACCAGUUUAACCCCCCAUUCUUUCAGACCUCUGUCACCGCUCAGAUUCUCCUCAAGGCUCUGACCAACCUCCCUCACACAGACUUCACACUGUGCAAAUGCAUGAUAGACCAGGCUCACCAAGAAGAGCGUCCUAUCCGACAGAUCCUGUAUUUGGGGGACCUGCUGGAGACAUGUCACUUCCAGGCCUUUUGGCAAGCGUUGGAUGAGAACUUGGAUCUGUUAGAUGGCAUCACAGGCUUUGAGGAUUCCGUCAGGAAAUUUAUCUGCCAUGUUGUGGGCAUCACUUACCAACACAUCGACCGCUGGCUGCUGGCUGAGAUGUUGGGUGAUCUCUCGGAGCCACAACUUAGAGUUUGGAUGAGCAAAUACGGCUGGGUGGAGGCCGAGAAUGGUAAAAUCUUUGUGUGCAACCAGGAGGAGAAUAUCAAACCCAAGAACAUUGUUGAGAAGAUAGACUUUGACAGCGUUUCUGGUAUCAUGGCAUCUUCGCAAUGAGACUUUCAGUGGACAAUAUUUAUCCUUAUUUUAUAUAUAGACCAAAUGUUACAACUUGUAAUAAAAUAAAUUGAUUUUC